AUGGAAAUAGGGAAUCUAACAAAUCUUGAGUUCUUGGAAAUUUCAAGUAACGAGCUCAAUGGUUCACUCCCUUCCUCCAUUGGAAAUCUUUCCAAGCUUGUUUACUUGAACCUAUAUGGUAACCAUCUCACAAGUUCUCUUCCUCCAAAACUGUGGAACCUUGAAACCAUUCAACUCUUAGAUGCAGGCUCAAAUAAUUUUCAAGGCAACGAAUCAGAAAACUCACGAAACUGCAUGAACAUGAGUCAUCUCAAAUUUCUGAAUCAGGCAAAUCGAUUUUCAAGCUCUAUUCCAAAAAACAUUGGGCAAGUCAUGCCCAAUCUACAAUGGUUGAAUGUUCCUAAUAGUGGCAUUACAGGAUCCAUCCCCAACUUCAUAGGAGAUUUUGUGAAUUUGAGUGUGGUUGAUCUUGUUGGAAAUAAAUUGAUGGGACCUAUUCCAACUAUGGGAAAUCUAAUGGAUCUCCAGUAUUUGAACCUGAGUAACAAUACUUUAUCAGGUUACAUACCCCCGUCAUUGAGAUUUUCUUUCAAAUUAAAGCUUCUAGAUCUCGGGAAAAUCCCAUCAUGGAUUGGCAAGAGCAUCAAGUCCCUUCAUGUCCUUAGCCUAAGGUCUAAUAUAUUCGAAGGAGAGAUUCCUUUGGGGAAUCACAACUAUAUUCUCUUCAACGGGAGGAUUCUUGAGGAGAUUUACAAAAUGCGAAAACUGGAAAGGCUUGAUUUACCAAACAAUCUGCUUUCAGGUGAAAUUCCUCCAAACAUGCAAUCUAUGACAUUCUUAAACACUCUGAACGUGUCCUUCAAUAAUUUAUCAAGACCCAUUCCCUACAGCGGCCAGAUGACCACAUUCAAUACUCCAUCGUACUACGGGAACCCACAGCUUUGUGGUCCUCUUCUUCUGGAGAAGUGCACUCGCGAAGAGUCAGUCUCAAAUUCAAGCAAUAGCAGGGAUAUGAGAAAUGGGUCAUCAGAGAUUCCAUGGAUGAGCGUGGGUUUAGGAUUUGGGUUUGGAUUCGAUGGGUUUUUCUCAAUGAUAUUUGUUCCAAGAUUUACAAAUCAAAUUUCUGGAUCAAUACCUCCUGCGAUAUGGCAUCUCAUAGAUUUUACGGAAUUGGAUCCUUCAGAUAACCUGCUUGAUGGUUCUCUUCCUUCCUCGAUUGGAAACCUAACAAAGCUUACUAUGUUGAACCUAUUCGGGAACAAGCUAACAGGAACUCUACCUGUUGAGAUAGCGAAUCUCAAAUCCAUAGUAACCAUUGACUUGAGUGAAAAUAGGUUUCAAGGCCCAUUUCCGAGCAGCAUAUCUCACCUAAGAAGUCUAGGGCUUUUCUACAUAUUCAGCAACAACUUCUCUGAAAUAUUCCACUGGAUUUUGGCCAAAAUAAGUUUUCAUCCAAAUACCCACAUUUGGAUUUCUCGUCUUCGUCUGCAAAUAAACAUUGGUGAGCUCAUUCCUAAUCUAGGAACUUUACUCCUUUCCAAUAACCGGGUUAAGGGAACCAUUCCCACCUCCAUAGGGAGCAUGAUGAAUUUGGGAGUUCUCAGUCUUUCUAAGAAUGAAUUGACAGGAGUUCUUCCUGCUAGCUUAAGAAACCUCGUAGGUCUUCGUUCUUUGCGCAUGGCUAACAACAUGUUACAAGGGGUGAUUCCUGAAGAACUAACAAGGUUGAUAGGCUUUGUCGUGUUCAACCUGUCAAGAAACCAUUUCAGGGGUAAGAUUCCUGAGAACAUUGACAGAUUGCAAGAACUCGAAUCACUGGACUUAUCAAGCGGCAUCCCUCCAAGACUCAUUCCCUCUAGUGGCCAAAUGAGCACAUUCGAUGCAACAGCAUACCAUGGGAACAAAUAUCUAUGUGGUUCUCCGCUCCCCAAAGAGUGUUAUGUGUUGAUACGUAUGGUUAUGAGGUCUUACGUGUCGUAG